AGAAAGAUUGUAAUUGGUCUUUGGUACGGAGCUUCGAAGCGUUUGUAGCAUCGAAUGGAUCCUGUUCUAUAUUCCACGAAUUGUUCCCGCCAAGGAACCGGCGCAGCCGGUAUUUCUGUUAUGUUUCGCAGAAACUCUCUACAUUGUGUAUGACAAAAUAUCGUUUUAAUUUAGUUUAUUUUAAUUUAAAUUAGCAUAACGUGGUGUUUAUCGUGCAAACAUGUCGGAAGAUAAGGUAACAACAACAGAAGACAUGUGGACUCCAUAUAAAGAACUACAAAGUCUUGUUGACAAAUAUAUAAUAUCAGUUCCUGUUAUACAAGAUCCACAAUAUCAUGAACUUACAGAAGCUUUGCGAAAUCAUAGACAGAAUUUUCUUGCUAUCUUGAAGAAUCCUCCAAAAAAGGUAAAAAGUCGGGAGGAAAUUAAGAAAGGUGUUACUGAAGGUAUAACACUACCUGGCUUGGGUCAUCAAAUAUUAUCAAAGGAAUUGGUGGAUGAAACUCUCAUCAUAUCAGAUAUGUAUGAGUUGAAUGAGUUUAUGGCAUUAGAUCUCCUCUGCACAGCUCAGCUUCAAAUGCCACAUUAUCCUGGAUUAACGCGUGGUCUAACAGCAAUCCUUCUGUAUUAUGAUGGAAGAAAAGCACUGACUUCAGUAUUGAGAACAUUGAUGAAUACUCGCAUUGGCCAUAGUUGGGCGGUAGAUGUGCCAGUUGCUCUCACAAGACACAUUACAGAAUAUACAAACAAGUUACAAGAGGAUGGUCUAUUAAACAGAAUCUUAUCUUUAUUAGAAGAAAUGGACCCUACUAAGGAACAAGAUUUGCUACAGCAAAAUAGAGCAUUGGGUGGAGCAAAACAUCAUCAAAUGGUUAUGAAGCUUUACAAUGACACACGACAAGAUCUAGCCGACAUUUUGUAUUUAUGGUCUGCUCAAUCGUCACUACCGAAUACAAUUCUAUUUCGUUUGUUAUCGAUGUUGCAAGUACGUCAAGUAGAAUCCGAGGCCGGUGAAGGAGGACCCGAUACAGUUACACUCGCUCUUAUUAUGGCUGUUCUGAAUGCCAUGAACUUUAGUUUCCUACAUAGUCGCGAGAAUGGCGAAGAAUUGAUUAAUUCAAUACCGCUAAUAGCGGAGAGAGGAGCACUGGAGGAAGUGAAUCAGAAAUUGAUAUCUGCAAGCAUAAAUUGGGAAAGCGCCGGAUUGCGCGGUGUGAUACAGUUCGCUUUUGCGAUAGCUAUAACCACGAUUAAAACGACCACCACUCAAUUCCAAUCGCAGAACAUCACAACAGAGGACGAAAUAUUGAUCGAAGCGGCCCUAUCUAACAAAGCUUUCCAUUUUAUGGCCGAAGUUCUGUUCAAAAGUGCCUGUAUAUGUCAGGAGCAAUUCUACGUUCGUUACUUUCACACACUCAUUUCGGACUUUAUACUGCUGAUGCCGGUCAAAGUCAAGGAAUUACGUAGUCGUGCCGACGAAUCCAUGCGCCUGAUACAAGCGUUUCAGCAGGAGGGCAUUGAGCCUCCUAUGAAUCUGGACAAUCAUUUCGAAUACUUGAUGUUAAUGGUAGCGGAACUAUAUAAGAAAGAUCCAUUGAACUUGAAUCUAGCCAUGGACUAUUGGUGCUAUCACACCGAUACAACACACGUGUCGGCUCCUGCAUACAUCAGUCGCCUACCUUCUAGACAAGUCGCCUUGUUCAAAUUUGUCCGGCUCGCUGGAGAGAUAUUGCCAGCAGGCUUGUUUGUGCCCUACAUGAGGAUGAUAGCGUCUCUCGCUUCGUCACCGCAAGCAGCCAGACACGCGUUUAACUUUUUUAAACCUAACGGGUCUUCCGGUUCAGCAACGAUUUCCUGGGAUCACUUCUUCAAUUCCCUAAGUCGAUACUAUUACAAUCUAAGACAGGAAUUACCUCCUAGCCAAGACACGGUGUACAGGCAGAGGUGCCAUCCAAAGGGAAUCAUGCCUCAGGAGGUGAAAGGUCUCGAAGCGGUGUUACUGGUAGUUCAAGUGAUCGCAAAGAACGACGAGAUGUCGAGAGUGGCGAUAUGCGAUCAUCCAGGUUGGAAAGUCUUACCGUCUUUAAUCGGCUUGGUGAGCUGCGCGAUGCCGAUACCACUGAAGGGUGUGUUAGUGAGAACGCUCGCGGCACUGGCCAGAUCUGCAGAAAGCUCUUCCACUGUUUGGCAAAGCUUAGAAGCUGCUCAAAUUCUCUCCACUAUACCAACGACGAGCAGUUAUCAACCGAGAGGUGUGCAAACAGAACUGGAGGAGAUCGAGUCUAGGAACGAAGAGUAUCCAUUGACACGUGCUAUGUUGGAAUUAUUGGACGUGCUAACCGACUUCCCGAUACCACGUCUCUUGGGCGUCGGUCAACGAAACCCGGGAUUCGACCCAUACCUGCACUUCGUCAUCAAUACUGUCUUUCUGAGAUUUCACACUCGUUCGUACAAGAAUCCCGCGGAGAAGUGGGCAGUUGCGGAGGCUUGCUUAAAGAUCUUCUCCAAGUUGAUAAAGCAGUACGAGCCGACCAUCGAGGACUUCGUAGGCUGCAAGGUGGAAUUGCAAGGCGGUGAGUCAACACUGGUGAAUUCGGCGCCGGGAUAUCACCUAAUGACGCAACUGCACACGUCUACUGAGUUAUUGCACGUAGUAUUGUAUAUAUUAGACGAGGGUUGCCUUCAUUUCGACACCUACGACACUUUCUCGGGCAAAAAGUAUCUAGAGAGCUGUAGUCUAUACUGCCUGGAGAUACUCGAACGUGGGCUGAAGAUGCAAAACAAUUAUAUGACACAGUUAGCCGCUAUACCUGUGAACAAACUGAUGACUGGAUUGUCGCGCUUGCUACUUGGGGUGAAUCCUCGCACAGGCAAACCGGAUCACAUGAUCAACAUCGUCAAAUAUGUCUCUUACAACUCAUGGUUGCCGAAACAAGCGUUCGUAGCCGUCGGUGUUAUUCACGGUGUGACUAACGAGCCCGGAGCAGACUCCGAAUUGUUGGCAAUGUUCACGGCGACUUCCACUUUAGCGACGAAUAUCCGACACGGCUUCGUCGAGUGCUUGGACGCGGACAACAUCCCGGAGGAUGACGACGAGAUGAUCGGCGGCGAACAAGUCAGGCAGCAGGCUGGGAACUGUAAGGAGAGGAUUCUAUUGUUAAUGAUGCAUAGCAUUACUCGACCAGCGCCCAAUCUCGCGCAUUACCUGCUCGGCUUCGAGAUCACGAAGGACAUCAGGAAAACAGUUAUCCAGCAGCCAGGAUUCUUAGGUUUCCCGCGCACUUGUUUGCACUCAAUUCUAAGCAUUUUGGAACAGUCUCUCGAUCGCGGCCGUGACAAAAUCACGGAAGCUUGUUACUGUUAUCUCCAUACAUUAGCAGCCAACAGUAAGACGUCAGCACCCGUCCUGAGAUUCCUGCGUACCACGAGCAAUCAGGACUUCGUGCAGAGGCAUCUCUCAAAAUUACCGUUCCAAGGACCAAACAGAUCGACCGAACUCGGCUGCAUGUCUUGGUUGCUGAAGAUAGCGGCAGUCGAGUUACGAGUCGCCGGUGGCAGCUUGCAAACUUCUCUGAUCCAGCGGCUGGUGGGUAGUUUCAAUCAAGACAAGGACCAAAUCGUGCCGUCACAAAAACUUCUGAUGGAUCUCUUGCAUUUCAUCGACUUUCAACUGUAUCUGGAGCCCGCCAAAUCUUGGGAAUUUUUUGAUCCAUCACAGAUCGAGGUAGUGCUAGGUCGUUGUAGCACUCCGGUCGCACUGAUGGGCGGCCCGCGACUCAUCGACAUCAGAAAGCUACAUUCCCUCAUCACCGAGGAACUGACGGUCACGCAGAGUAGCGCGACCGCCACUCAACGUAAGCUCAUGCAGCAGGAAGUCAAGUCCAUCCUCGCGCACGCAUUAAAGAAGAACCAGACGAAAGUCUUAUCCUAUGCAACAGUCAAGUUCGUGGAAGGCUGGUGCCAAACUACGGAGAUACUCUUCUCUGUCGCGACCAAUCAGCAAUUGCUGGCGACGCAGCGGCAGAAUCUACUGUUGAAUCUGUCGCAUGAUCUUCUGCAGAAGAUGACGUCCUGCGAGGCGCUUAGCGAGAUUAAGACACUGGUGUCCGGAACGGUCCUGAUGCUGCUGGUGAAUCUGCGAAACAACUUCAUGAUCCAGUCAGACAACGAGUUGGUGCCGUCGUCGCCGUCGAAUACGACGAUGAUGAAAAUCAUUCUCAGCCAUAUUUUGCAGUGGAUCAUAAGCGCUGGUGCUUCCUCGCAAAAAGUCGUGACGCAUCUCUACGCGGCUUUGUUGAACUUCUUGAGUAUCGUUGGCCUGGAGAAGUCCGAGCACGUGAGCGUGCUCGACACGACGUACGUCAACCAAUUGGACAACACGUUCAACCGAUUGAUGCCUAUGCAGGAACGCUCACAGCGUUAUGCGACGAUACAGGUCAUCAAUAGCUUCGGUAACCAGCUGAUGGACAUUCUCUGUCACAAUUGCUCGGGCGGGCACGACGUGUGCAAGAUGUUAGCGCUGUCUUGUCUGGACAAGAUUCUGGAGUUAGAUGGCGAAAACGCGUGGAUGAUCUAUUUGGCAAGCAGAGGUUACCUGAAGCACAUGAUCGACAGUCUGCUGGAGUCAGACAAUCUGCUGCGGUGCAUGCUACAGCCAGAGCCGCAAACGCUGCGGCCGCUAUACUUGUACGAGGCGAAAAUGGCGAUCUUCUGCCGCAUGGCGUCUACACGACUGGGUGCAGAAAGUCUCUUAGAGAACAAAAUCCUGUCCUGCAUGUCCAGUAUGUGUGUAUUCGACCAACAUCCAGAUGUGCACAUCGGUUUCGAGGGUAGCGAUUACUCGUUCAUACCGUCGGUUGGCCAACGUUAUCAGCAGGUUUUCUUGCCGGCUCUGUAUCUCUGCGACGCUCUUUUCACCACCCUGGGCACGGAGAAUCAAUCAUGUGCUGUGCAAGUAUGCGGCUUCCUGCAAAGUCACCGGGAUACUGUGGAAAUGGCUUUGAGGAACGCUUCAUCCCACGCCAACGUGUUGUUCCUGAAGGAGAUAGCCUGUCUCACCGGCGUGAUCUCCAGAUCCGCCAAUAUAGACAUGUACAGACUUGUGGACGAAGAGCUGGCGAAGAUAGAUAUAGAUGACUACAAAUUGGAGAAUAGCACCGGAAUGAGAGAACUGCGGGCGCAUCUUUAUCGCGUGCAAAAACUGAUGCUGUCGUUGUUGAAUAAGUUUCAGCUACAAUCGAUCUCAAUAAAUCACAACUACCAGCAAACUGAGGCAAAUCGGAAAUACAUCUCCUGCAUACAGAUAAUCGCCAACGUCAUGUUAUAUACACGUAAUCAAAUGCAACACAGUCGUAUGGAUCAAAAAAUACGGAACGUUCUGUUUGAUCCUCAUCUGACGCCGAAAGUCGGAGGAAGGCAAGACAAGAUGAAGGACGGGAUGCAUUUGGGUACGAUAGUCGAGCAAUUGGUUUCCGUAACAAAUCUACUACACACCGAGCUACCUCACAUCGAUUUUCUGAUCAAAAAAGUGCAGAUGGUAGCCGAUAUGAACACAGCGGAAUUAAAGAAGUAUAUGUCCGAGGACGAAGUGGAACUUGACAUAGAAAAGCAACGAAUGCUCGUCGAGCAACGGUUGAAUCGUUGGGUAAAGGAUAAGCGCCUAAGCAUCAAGUAUUGCUCCCUCAUAAUAGAACACACUUUAUACAUCCUUUGGAGUCAUUUGGACUUUUACGCCAUGCAAGUGAUAUCACGACAGACUCAGAGGCUACACGUGUCGUCGAGCGGCAUCGAUGAAAAUAUGGGGGAGUGGAAAUUCACGUCGGAAACUCUAAUGGAACUCAAGCAAGGACUCGUAUCUACGUUUACGGAUACUUUCAUUACACAGCUGUUAGAUACGCAUAGUGAAUACGCAACAGUAGACCGUAGCUUCAUCGAGGCUCUCAUCAGACGAAUCAAAAGGCUGUUACAGUUUAUAAUUGUAAAAUAAUAAAAACAUAAGCUUGUGUCGACAUAUAUUUAGUUACAAAUUUAAAUAUAUUAAUUCUUUGUAUCUUUUUUUGUAUAGUUCGCUCGAUAUUAAUCAUGGCUUUGUAAUAAGCAUGAACAGUAUUGAUUGUUGAACAUGAAAGACAGAGGAGGGAUCAAUGACAUUGUUGGUAUUUUAUUCAGAAUUCCGUAUAAAUAAGCGAGUAAAUUAAUUUUAA